AGUUGACCAACAAAACAAAACGUUGGAAAAGUUAAUAAAAAGCACUUCUGACGGGGGAUAAAUUGACGCGAUGAAGUUUGGUCUGUGGAACAUAGGGAUGUAAUACUGAAAUCGUCUAUUGUUUCUAAACACUGGUGCAACAUUAAACUACUCGGACUUACUGCAUGGAAAUCUACUUAGGAAGGGAAGAAUUGAUGAUUUAAUGCUAAGUAAUCAAUAACAUACGACCUUGAAAUUUGUCGCGGCAAUAUGAAGACAUUUUUAACUUUCUGAGGGAAAGUAGUUUACUUAUGAAAAACCUCUUAAGAUAUUAUUUUGGACUCACUGUUGGUUUCCUAGCCCCAACAGGAUUUUUGAUGUGGCUUUUUGUUAGACUGCUUACUUUGCAUUCUCAGCAGGCAUAUCGAUACUUCAAUGAACUUAUACUUUCUUCUUUUAUGCGAACUUUUCUGCUCACAUUUGGAUAUAUGAGUGUCAGGAAGAUAUAUGUGUAUGGAGAUGUAGACUUUGUUAAGAAUAAAAACGAGAGGGUAUUAUUUAUAUCAAACCACCUGUCCACAGUUGACUGGUUUAUCUGUUCUAUGCUUGUUGCUCAUCAAGGUGGUUUAGGAAGGACAAGGUUCGUGCUCCAUAAAAAUCUCAAAUAUAUACCUAUUUUCGGAUUUUAUCUCUCACAGGAUUCGUGUUUGUUUGUUGAUCGGCAAAAUUUUGACGUAAAAACGGCCGUAAAUAUACUCAGUAAUAUGAAGAAGCUCCAAUCUAAUACAUGGAUGGUUAUUUAUCCUGAAGGCACUCGAUACAACCCUCUAAAGUAUGAUGUAAUUAAACAAUCUCAAGAAUUCGCUGUUCAAAAAGCAGGUAUUAAGCCAUUCAAACAUGUUUUAGUCCCGCGAAGAAGAGGUUUUCAGUUAAUACUGAAUCACUUGCACGACUGUCUCGAUGCUUUAUAUGAUGUGACUACUGUAUUCGCAGAUGAAGAUGGUUAUCCAUACGACCAUUACAUACCUGCGCCAGGAUUAACAGAUUGGUUGAAGAAACCGAGAAGUUUGCACAUAUAUUUGAAAAGAAUACCAAUAAGAGAUAUUCCACGAGACAGUGAAUCAAUUAGGCGAUGGCUUUAUGAGCGUUACAGGAUCAAAGAUGACUUUAUUGACAAUGUACAAACUCGAUUCUACGGUAUUUCAAAACUGUCAGAGAGCCAAAUGAAUAACAACCAUGUCAAUCACCAUGAAGACAAAUUAAAGUUAAUAUUCAGGAACGAAAACAACACGCUGAAUGACCAUGGUGUCAAUCUCAACAGAAGAAUGCGAAACCUGACAGCUGAUUUUCAAAUUAUUCAAAAGAAUUUUCUUGAAUGCUUUACUAGCGAAAUGUCUAGAGACUAUCUGGAAAUUCCAAAGUUUCGUCUCAUAGAUCUGCUGCCGUCCGCACUAUUAUGGUAUGGUAUCACAAUUUACUGGAUAUUUGGGUUUGGUUGGUAUGGAGUCAUCACCUAUUUUGGCAUAGGUUUAUUUGGAUCUAUUGGUGGACAAUUGUACAUGCAUUUCGCAAUCUGAUAUAUAUAUAUAUAUAUUCAAUUUUAGUGAUAACAAGCUCGUUACUCCACUAAUUUUACACACUGGAUACGAUAUAGAGUGUAAUUAAAGACAAAUUUUCACUGUACACAUCUUUCUUCAAAGUAAAUUAACACCUCGAAAAUAUACAUAUCAUAUUGUUGUGUAAAUUAUUUAUGACAAAAAAUAUACUAUGUCCACUUUGGUGCUUUAAUGUAAAGAAGCUAACAGACUUACUUUUUAUUAGUCAGGUGGAAUUUCUUCAAGUUAUUUUUUAUCAUAUAUGUGUUGUCUAAAAGUACUUGUAAUCACUUGCCAUAGCACAUCAUUACUUCAUCAAGUAUAUGUUUGAGUAUCACAUAAUUUUCAGUGUUCAGUGGAAUAUUUUAGCGUUUUCACGGUGUAUGAUAAAUGUUUGUACACUUACAUUUAUAUUUUUAAUAAACAAUAGAGUUUGAAAAAAUAAUAGAUAAAGACUGUU